AAAGUCGAUUCGAAAUAAGAUAGAAGAAUAUCGAUAGUUUGUUACUUCAUUCUGGUUCCAACCAUCCGAGUAGAUCGUUACGUUUGAUUUUCAUCCGUGAACUGCGAUAUAAUCAACAAUAUGGCAAUUAAGAGUAUCAAGGCUCGUCAGAUUUAUGACUCUCGUGGCAAUCCAACCGUAGAGGUUGACCUAGUCACAGAAUGUGGUCUUUUCCGGGCUGCUGUACCAUCCGGUGCCUCAACGGGAAUUCACGAAGCUCUGGAGCUUCGAGACAAUGAUAAAUCGAAAUAUCAUGGAAAAUCCGUAUUCAAAGCUGUGGAUAACAUUAACUCUAUUAUUGCUCCUGAAUUAUUGAAGGCCAACUUGGAAAUUACUCAACAAACCGAAAUUGACAAUUUCCUUAUUAAAUUAGACGGUACUCCUAACAAAUCUAAACUUGGUGCCAAUGCAAUUUUAGGCGUUUCACUGGCUGUCUGUAAAGCAGGAGCUGCUAAGAAAGGGAUUCCACUAUACAAGUAUAUCGCAGAAUUGGCUGGAAACAAUGAUAUCAUUUUACCAGUUCCUGCUUUCAAUGUAAUCAAUGGUGGAUCCCAUGCUGGCAAUAAAUUGGCCAUGCAAGAAUUCAUGAUCUUACCGACCGGUGCUUCCAGCUUCACCGAAGCUAUGAAAAUGGGCAGCGAGGUAUAUCACCACCUCAAAGCAGGAAUUAAAAAGAAGUUUGGCUUGGAUGCUACAGCUGUCGGCGACGAGGGUGGUUUUGCUCCAAACAUUUUGGAAAACAAAGAAGCUUUGAAUUUGAUCAUGGAUGCCAUUAAAACGGCCGGAUAUGAAGGAAAAAUAAAGAUUGGUAUGGACGUGGCUGCGUCCGAAUUCUACACAAACGGAAAGUACGAUUUAGAUUUCAAGAACGAAAAGUCCGACCCUAACGCGUAUUUGAAGCCGGAAGAACUUCAAAACUUAUAUUUGGAUUUCGUGAAAAAUUAUCCGAUCGUAUCGAUCGAAGAUCCAUUCGAUCAAGAUGCUUGGGAAUCAUGGGCAUCCUUGACAGCUGCUACCCCAAUUCAGAUUGUGGGAGACGAUCUUACUGUGACAAACCCAACUAGAAUCAAGACAGCGAUCGAGAAGAAGGCUUGCAAUUGCCUUUUGUUAAAAGUCAACCAAAUUGGUUCGGUUACCGAAUCGAUCGCUGCUCACAAAUAUGGUAAAGAAAAUGGAUGGGGCACUAUGGUGUCUCAUCGUUCAGGAGAAACUGAAGAUACGUUCAUCGCUGACUUGGUUGUUGGCCUGUCGACUGGUCAAAUUAAAACUGGAGCACCAUGUCGUUCCGAACGUUUAGCCAAGUACAAUCAAAUCCUUCGUAUAGAGGAAGAACUUGGAUCAGCUGCCAAAUUCGCCGGAGAAAAAUUCCGUAAUCCACACGCUUAAAAAGGAAACUGUAUACUAUGCGGUCAUAUUACAAAGUUCAUUUGUUAAGUACCUUAAAGUGAUCAAUUUACGUAAUAACGAUGUAUUCACGUUACGUAUUAUUAGAAACAGCUUCAUUGCGUAGAUCAAAAGUAUUCUACUAUUUUUUGUUGGUUUUUUUCUUUUUUAAAGUGUCAUUUAUCGUACAAAAAUAAUACAUCUAAUGCGACAAUUAUAUUUAUAACUAUGACAUAUUGUUCACAAGAUAGGUGUAUACAGGGUUUAUCUGAUGCGAAACGAAGUUUCAUUAAACGGAAUAGAAAGUUGUUAUAUAUAUUUAUCUUCUAGAAGAAGUAAACAUUGUUAUUCAACAUAUCUGUGCAAAUGGAUCGACAAAUAAAAGUGAAGUCUGUAAAAUAAG